AUGGUCCAGCAACCCCACGUUGUCGUCAUUGGAGGCGGUCCCGCCGGCAUCCAGUUUGCCCAAGCGCUCGCGUCCAAGCUCUCGUCCGCCGUCAAGAUCACGGUGAUCGAGAAACAAAGCUUUACGUUUCACGCCGUGGGAAUUCCUCGCGCACUUGUCGACAAGUCGUACGUUCCUAAACUCUUCAUCCCGCUCGACAAGGCGCUCCAGCCCAAUGUGACGCUCCUGCGAGGCGCGGCCGAGCGCAUCAACGACCACGACGUGACUCUGCGCUCGAUCGUGAAUGGCGCACUCGCCGA